AUGGGGUACAUAUAUGGUGAGCUUACAAAUGCAAAAAUGGAAAUUGCCUUGCGUUUUGAAAACAAUGAAGAGCACUAUUUGCCAAUAUGGGAUAAUAUAGAUUUUAGAUUAGAUGCUGCUCUCAGGACACUGCUGCACCUAGCUGGUUAUUAUCUGAAUCCAUUCUUCUACUAUCAGAACAAAGAUGGAAUUGAAAAUGCAGAAAUCUUCAGAGAUGCAUUUGUUGAGUGCACGCGCAAAAUGAUCCCAGAUUGUGAGUCAACUGGAUCUUUACAGAAGUGCUUCACAGAGUUUUGGGACGGUUCAUGCCAUCCGUUCUCAAAAAAAUCUCGAUCCAGUUCAAUAUUCAAGGCAAUAGUUAUCCUAUUUGUAGUUUCUUGGUGGGAAUUACAUGGCGGUGCAGCAAAGGACUUGAGCAGAAUGGCACUAAGGUUGUUGAGGUUAACAUGUAGCUCACUGGCAUAUGAAGAAAGAUGUAUCGAGCAGCUGCAUAAAAAGAAGCCAUGUUGGAUUAAACAUGAACCAUUUGACUGGCUGGAGGGCAUGUUCCGCUUUCAUGCGGAACAACUUGAAAAUGAUGGUUUACGUAUGGCACGGGCUAACAGUAGUGAGGAAGCAGGACUGUCUAAGCAAGCGAGGAAACUAUUGGACUAUGAUGAGUAUAGUUCAUCCGAGGAAGGGUGCGAGGAUGAUGAAGAACCUCCAAAGCGCUCCAUCAUUAAUAAGGCAUCAUCCAGUGCUUCAUGCUCAAAGCGAGCAAAGAGGCCACGGUCCAUCGAUGAGUGCGAGGGAAGUGAUGGAAACAUCAGCUACUAA